GAUUGUUCGAAUUCGACAAUAUUCAAACAUCUUCGAUCGUUGGACAAAAAAGCAAAUCUGGUCAGUGUGUCCCACACACUUUGACGCAAACAAUCGUACCCAGCGCUCAUCGAUCUGCACUUCUUUGCUGCUUAAACAAAGAAGAAAAUCGUUUCUUGAUCGUUUGGUAACUGGCGAUGAAACAUGGAUUCUUCAUGAUAACGUUACCAUGCGAAAGAAAUGGCUUAGUCCUGGGCAAUCACCGGCUCCAACAGCCAGGAGAGAACUUCAUCCAAGAAAAGUAUUGCUCUCGGUUUGGUGGGAUAUUCGAGGUGUGAUACACCAUGAAAUUCUUGAACCUGGUCGAACGAUCACUGCCGAGGUUUAUUGGGAACAGUUGGACCUGCUGAAAUCAGCAAUCGACCAGAAAAGACCAGCACUUGCUAAUCGUAAAGGCACCGUAUUUCACUGCGACAAGACCCAUCUCCAUACUGCAAGAAUCACUCUGAACAAAUUGUCAGAGUGUGGAUGA